AUGUCAACUUCAUAUUUCGUGUAUCGACAAUCAUUUCAACUUCAUAUUGUUCUCAUCAUCUGGCCUAUCAAGUCGAGUCAAUUUUCACGAACAAGCCGAUUCAUCAUUUCAUUCGCUCAUACUCUUCAAAUGAAACGAACACUCGAAUCAUGUGCUGUGUCCAGAAUUUCAUGCAUACGAAGAUCAGGUCCAUUUGAAGACGUUUGGCCUUUUCUCACUCUCGUGAUCAUAUUAUCUAGCGGUGCAUUUCAGUUCAAGAUCUACUUUGUUUUCGACUUCUACAUUGCAAAUCGAUCCAAACAAAUAUUCAUCAUGCACAUUGCCAUCGUUUAUGCCACGCAUAUGUGCAAUAUUUGUGUCGAUUUAAAUGAAUGA